AUGUCUACAUUCGAAACAGUACAGUUGAUCUCAACGAUAGAUAAAUACUAUGUACUUUACACAAGUGUAAUUCUUCUCUGCAUCGGAACAAUUGGUAAUGUGUUAAAAUUUAUUAUUUUCGCAAAAAUUCGUUCAUUUCGUGGAAAUCAAUGCGCUUAUUAUUUAAAAAUCAGCUCAAUCACUGAUACAGGCGUUUUGGUGGCCACACUUCCAUUUUUAGUUGUAGAUUCUGUAUUAGGGAUAAAACUGGUAGGACUGAGUCCGGCUUGGUGUAAAAUACAGUUGAUGUUCAUAUACACUUGUGGUUUAUAUUCUAUUUUCACAAUGUGUUGCAUUGCUCUUGAUCAAUACCUAUCCACAAAUCAUCGACAAACUUGGCGACAAAUGAGCACUAUUAAGUUGGCACAGCGUUUGUCAUGUUUCAAUAUGAGUGUUGCCGUAUUUCACGGAAUUCUCUUUCUAAUUUUCGCUAACUAUGGUGUAGGAGGAUGUAGCAUUUACAAUCCUAUUGCACAAGUCUAUUUUACAUAUUUUUAUUAUCCAAUACUGAGCGGCAUCCUUCCAAUCAUAGUCAGUGGUACAUUUAGUUUGUUGGCCUAUCAAAAUGUUCGUCGAAUUAUUCGAAUGCAAAUUCCAGUAGUUCGUCGUCGACUUGAUCGUCAAAUGACUGCAUUAGCGCUGUCCAGAGUAUUGUGCAUUAUCGUAUUAGGCGUGCCAUUUCUCUGUUACAGCCUAGUUGACAUUAACUCGAGAAAUAGUCUGCAAGAUCCUGCAAAACAAGCUGUUCUUCAUUUAUCAGCAACAAUAGUAUAUUCAUUUAUGUACCUUAACUAUUCAAUCGAUUUCUACAUGUUUUUGAUCAUUUCGCCUCGAUUUCGUCACCAAGCGAAAAAUUUUAUUAUAAAAAAACCUUGGCAUCAAGUGACACGAGUGUGUAAUCGAGGAAUGGUCAGUCCAAUAAAUAAUCAAGUUAUCGCACCCGAGAAUGACCCUGGUGGUGGUCGUGCAUCUGUUCUUGAAUCUAUAUAG